CGACCUCGCAGCAACUUGCGCAGAUGGAGUGAGGAAAAAGGCAAAGUACCUUCAGGAUGCAUACGAUGCUCAGCAGCUGGCUGCUGAACAGUCGGGGCAGACUCCACAAGCAGGAACGAACAUUGACCUCACUGGCAUAGACCAGCAACAGCUCUUAUCGGAUCAGGAUCAGCCUGCACGGUCAGGCGCAGGCAGCAUGGAUGGUUCUUUGACGGACACCAGUGCGCUGUUCAAUUUUCCAAUGUCGGCAGACUACAACUUUGGAUCUGAGGCCGUCAACUUGGAAUACUCAAUCAUUUCGACCAUGCUCUCGUCGCCUACUGCAGAACUCAAUCCCAUGUCCGAUCUCUCGAUCGUGGAAAGCUGGCAGCGCCAGGGAUCUUUGGACGCCAUGGCGAACAUGGCCAAUAACAACCAGCUCCAAAAAGCCCUUGCGGCUCAGAGCGCAGCGGCAGUCGCAGCAGCAGCAGCAGCAGUGAGCGGAGCCGGAGCAGGAGCAGGCGUCCCCGGUCCAGCAGGAGCCUUGUCCAACGGUGGAUCAGCACAUAACAAUAGCAGUAACGGUGCAGCAGGUAGUGCCAACACGGGGCUCUUAGGUCCUGGCGGAGCGCCAACAGCAAAUAAUGCGACGAAUUCGACAUCUUCAUUCCAACAUACCAGUGCGGCAAGGGUCAGCAAGCGCAAAUUUCCGAGCAAUACACCUGAGAAUGUCUAUGCGAAUACGAAGCAGCCAUUUAAUUAUACGGAUGGCUUUCAUUAUCUACUGCGCUAUGUCCGAGAGCGCAUGGACAAGGAAGAGAUGAUGCGUAUCUGUAGAGCGAUGGCGAUGUUCCGACCUUCUUUCAUUGCGUUGAUCAUGAACCUGACGCCCGAGGACCUAAUCUUUAUGGAAAAGUGUUUUCAGCGCACCAUACUCGAAUUUGAAAAGCUAAUCAGUUUUUCGGGGACACCGACGGUGGUAUGGCGUCGAACGGGGGAGAUUGCGCUUGUGGGUAAGGAGUUCUCGUUGUUAACACAAUGGGGCCGUGAUCAGCUUGUGGGCAAGAAGACGUAUAUCUAUGAGUUGAUGGACAAUCAGUCGGCGGUCGAAUACUGGGAAAAGUUUUCGACGCACGCGUUCGAGAACACGGAGCAGACGGUGAUGACGACGUGUAUCUUGUUGAGUCCGACGAACCGUGUGGUGCCGUGUACGUUCUGUUUCACGAUCAAAAGAGAUAUCUUUGAUAUCCCGUUGGCGAUCGUCGGCAACUUCUUGCCGAUCUUGUCAUAGUAAUUGCGAGCUGCCCUAUCCCAUGCCCUAUCCCAUGCCCUAUCCCAUGCCCCAUCCCAUCCUCUAUUUU